AGUUUAAAAUGUCUAUCACAAGGGUUUGGACUACAAAGCGAGAAAUCCGGCUUCCAAAUAAACUUAAAUUCACAACCAAUCAUCUAGGGGAGAAGAAAUAAUCGAAUCAGUAGAUGUGUUGGCAAUGGUCAAUUGCACUUUUGUGCCGGCAAAUAUAUACCAACUAUCAUCUUUUUUAAACAGCAACCAGAAAAAAUCAAUCAUCUACUACAAACAGUCCUUAAUUGGUUCGGUUUUUAUUGCAAUGUCGUUCUUUCCUUCACCCAACUCACCACGAAGCUGCAAUUCUAAUUCAGCGAACAACCCGUCUGAUGUCUCAUCACCUGAGUCUGAUCGCCAAUCGAAUUCAGGUUCGAGCAACAAAUCACAGUCACAGCCUAUUCCACUGCUACAAACCGGUCACGCGUAUCGAGCAACACAAGAGGAGCAUGGCGCGUCGUCAUCUCUGGCGGGAAGUUUGGAGAGCAAUACUGCUGCAAGUUUAAAUCAAUCACCAGCAAGGAAUCGGUUCACAUUGAGCAAGCGUAGAUCAAAAAUUGAACUCGGUUCAAGGUCUGUGCCGAAAAAUAUGUUAAGUUCAAUUUCAGUGCCUGAUAACAUGCCUGGACCAAGUUCUCUUCCCACGUCAGCAACCCCACCCAGGCCUCGCUUGGAUCGUCGCUACAGUGGGUGCUCCUUUUCUGAUGAUGACUCGGAUUUCUGUACCGGAGAACCCACCUACCUGUCAGUGGUAGCCCCAAUGUCUCCCACAUCCCCGUAUAUCUCCCCCCUUGAAACAUCCCCUCCCUCAUCUAGGCCAAGUGUGACUUUAACUGUGGAUACUUCCAGCAAUACUUGUCCUGGUCGAAAUGUUAUUGCGGCCACUGUCCCCUUUGCUAAUGACAAGGUAUCCACGAGAUACUGGCCUCCUGUUGUCGUCAACAACGAGACCAGAGUCGCAAUGAGCAGCACCACCUGGUGUCCGUCUCCUGAUGAAAGGUCAAGGUCACUGCCCGAUAUCUUGAAUACCUCGAAGGAUUUAGAUACUUUGCGCGAUGUUGCGGAAACCUGGCACGAUGUCACGGAUACCUUGGAUGAUCCUGAUAAUACGUUGCGUGAUGCUGCGGAUACUACUAUUGAUGAUGCUACUGUACGGGAUAGCUUGCGAAAUAUGACAAAUACUCCGCAAGGUGUAGAAAUUGUCCCGAUGAGAAGAAAUAAUACUGAACCUGAAGCUGAAUUAUCUUCGACGACUCAGAAAUCCGGGUCAACUUCAAGCAAUUAUAUGUCCGUUGGGAGUUUUUCGGUGGACUCAGUUGGAUACCAGUCGUCGUCACGGAAAGCUAGUUAUGAUACAGCGCCUGAUGGUCUUUUAGCUGUAGCUGAUAACUCCAGCAGCAUUGUACAAGAGUUCUACGCUCAGUAUGAUGCCAGAUGCGGCAUGCACUUCAAACAAGAUGCAGUCAGUCGGAUUGAAGAAACGAGCGAGUCCACCUCGAUUUUGGAUACAGCUAGUCGUUGCUCGUCAACAGUUGGAAAAGGUACGAAGUCAACAGGAGGUCAAGAUCCAAGUAGGAAUCACGAUUCGAUCGACCAAUCGCAAGUUAAGAAUGGACCAAGUGGCACGGGGUCUCCGAAAUUGAAUGGAACAGAAACACGAGGUUCUAAUAGAAUGAGAGAUGGAGCUUAUAUUUCUCUCGUUAGUGAACUCGCUACUAGUUUAAGUUACUCCAAUCAAAGUUCGGAAACAGAAACGUGGGAAACAGAAUCUGAUAAUACAAGUGGUAGCUCAUUAAGUACUACAAUGGAGUUAAGUUCGCCCGCGAAGCAUCCGUCUUCUGCUCAAGGAAGUUUGGAAGAGAUCUCUAUUGCCACGGGAUUAAGUGCGCUGGAGAUUAGCUCUAGCACAGAAACUUCUGACAGUUUUCAUGAGUCGCAAUUCAACAGUUAUUUGAGUCCAACUUCUGACUCGACGACCACUGAUUCAGAAGACCACAACCAGGAUAAACACGGAAAGAAUAAACAAGAUAAGUUAAGCCCAGAAGAAUUGGAGUUGCUUGAAAUCAGAGAAACAGAUCCAGAGUAUUACGCGAAACUCAAGCAAUUGAACCAUAGUAUAAAGGUAACGCAAGACAUCAGAUACAAACAGAAUCACGUCAAGUUUGAAAUUUGCCCUGGCCACAAGCGAAGAUUUCAUGAUAAUGGUACGCCCCAUGAACACAGACAUAAAGAUUCAAAUGUGAACCACGAAGCAAAUGAAAAAAUCAAUGGAAUGAACCACGAAAGUGGCGAAACAAACAAGAUUAAACUUGAAGUAAACAAAAGAAAAGAAGGAACAAACAACGAAAAUACAGCGGUUGACCAGAAAAGUAUCAAUGAGAACAAUGGAAAAGUUUCUGACUGUGAGACGUCGCAAAGUCCGAGCAGCGCAUCUUCACUACAAAAUUCACCUGCGAGUUCUCCGAAGAUGGAGAAAGCGCGAGUAAAAAGCCCUCCAUUGCGAAAGUCACUAAAAAGUAGCCCACCGUCGGACACGUCAACUGAGAGUAGUCCAGCGUCGUCCGAUAAAUCCCCGAUGCAGAUAUUGAGAUCACCGAAGCACUACUCCCAAAUGAAAGAUCCCAAGACUGGUCGGGUUCCAGGAGGUAUCUUGAAACCUGAGAGAAAGAAAAAAGUAGAGGUUAUGGGUUCAAAACAGGGCAACGGCGGGAGGAACGUGCGGUUCAGAGACUCAUCGGGACAACCUUUGACUCAUGUUAAAGAGUUUGAUGAACACAAAGAGUGGUUGGAACUGGUAGAUAAAGAUACCUUGGAAUACGAAAAUAAGCAAGUUUUCAAGUGGGCAAAUGAUCCUGCAAGACCUAAAUUGAAAUGUGGAUUUGUCCAACCGGCCUCGGACUAUUUGAAGUUCAGAGAAAAGCUCUACUCGAACUGCGUGAGCUUGGAAAACGUGGAUAUUCAGACUGACUGUUUUCUUGCUGGAAGUGUAAAAGUAAAGAACGUCUGUUUCGAAAAGCGAGUUUUCAUUCGGAUCACGUUCAACUCUUGGAAUACCUCGACAGAUGUUAUAUGCACGCAUUCAGGUAACGGGACAAAUGAUACCAACCUGUUCGAUACGUUCAAAUUCCUAAUCGAUAUCCCAGUCUCGUGGCAUGACAACUACCGAAUUGAAUUCUGUGUAUGCUUCGCUGAGCAGAAUGGCACGGAACAUUGGGACAAUAACGAUGGUCUGAAUUACUCAAUUGUUUCCGGACAUACAAGUCUGAACACCCUGUCAAAUCCAAGAAACACAGUAUCGACAGAUGUGAACUCGCCCCUCUACGCAUAUUGGCUUGCAAAUUCUGGAAUAGAUGAAAUGCACCCGUAUUGGUGAAAACUGGGAAAGACGAGUUCCAGAAGUGUCUGGUUAAACUGAAUGUUCAUUGAUGUUUGGAAAGCGAACAAGCGAGUAAAUCUGAAAGCCCUGUUUGGAAAGUUAAAAGCUGUGUUUGUCUGUAGUUUGCUGAUAGAGAUUAUUUGGUGCACUUACUAAUGCAAUAAACUUUAACUCAAUUUUUGACUAGCCACUUGAAGUUGUAAAACUUUGGUAAAAUUUGUUUGUAACCGUUCCUGUUGUAAAUAUUUAUUGGACCAGUAUUAUUCUGGCUAACUCUGCUGAUAUCAAACUGUUUUUUGUUUGAAAAUGACGUCCAACCCCCCUUGUUGACCCUUCGAAGUUAUUCACUCAUCUGAUGGCCUUCAGUGACCUUUCCUCCGAUCAAAGUUCUAUCAAGCUCAUAUUUUUGAUUGAUUUCACCUUCGGGCAUUCGAAUUAACUAGUUUGUUGCUAUUGUUUUAGUUUUUGAUGUUUUUAUAUGGAGCUCAAUUCGUAGAGAACUGUUUUGCGCCAAGAGAUGUUUAGUGGUUUUUGGCUCCUCUUCGCUGAAACUGAUGAGAAAGAGUGGUCAAACUAAACUAGCUUGAGACAUGUUUUUACUUCUUAACUACUUAUAACCUGUUAGUUAUUAUACACUAUCUGUUAACAUAACUGAACAGUUAAUUAUAUUUGUGCUUUCUCUUGUAUUUCUAGUUUGAGAUUACAAGAAAUUUGAAUUAUAAAAUUGUCGCAGCUGGCGACGAAUUUGUAUUUGUACAGAACUAACAUGAUAAAGUAGAUGUGUUUCAAAAUUAUACUGGAUCUCACAGGAGUGGUUGUAUUAGAAUAAAUAACAUCAGGUAGUCGAUUGUCAAGUUUACCAGCUUAACCAUACAGGAUUGUAACACUAAUAACUUGUAAUAAUCGCUCUAGGUUAGUAGUCUAGUAUUAAAUAUAUGACUGCUCAUCUUAGUUUUCUUCUCCUAACCCUCCUUCCACGGUGCUUCACUUUCAAUUUCAAUUCAAUUCGAGCGAAUUUCGAAUCAUUUAGUUUUGUACAAAAUUUCAAUGAUUUUUAUCAUUAA